AUGGCGACAGUCGACUCUUCACUUCCCGGCGAUCCGCAGACCCCCAGGAUGUCCUCCAAGCAGCUCCGGCACAAGGCGCAGGAGUUCUUAUCCUCCAGGAAGUACGCCAACAACCUGGUGGACAUAAUCAACCAGCUGGACGACUGCGGGACUUUGGGAGUGCUCACCCUGGAGACCAUCUUCCUGGAGCUGCUCAAGAGGGGGGACAUGUAUCUGGAGAGGACAAUAUCGUUGACUAUAUCAGAGCCAAGCCCUGAGCUCCGCUACACAACGUGGCUCCGCAACUGCUACGAGGAGCUCUGGGAGAAGCUGCUGGCCUUCAUCUCCGACUCGCGGCAGUCCCUGCAGCUGCAGUCCCUCUCGACCUCCCUGAAGCUCCUCUCCCAAGAAGGGAAGACCCCAAUAGAGCCCACCGGGGACCUCUCCUACUACUUUCCCCUGCACCGCCUGAAGCCCCUGCUGAUGCGGCUGCUCUCCCCGGACCGUGACAACGCGCCCCUCGUCUCCCGCUUCCAGGAGAUCACCUCCUACAGGGACGCCCUCUACUACACCUGGAAGUCCCUGCCAGCGCUGACGCCAAAGCGCCAGCCCCCGGACCUCUUCAUCAAGAAUCUCCUCGACUUGAUCGACAAAAUUCCCCUCCCCAACGAGGACGAGCCCUCGCAGGAGCUGCUCUGCGGUCGCGAGGGCACAUGCACCUUCACCUGGGACCAGGCAUCAGUCAGAAGGACCCUGAACAAAACCUGGUCCUGCAUAAUGCACUGGGAGCUCUCGCCCCAGCUCCACAAGCACCUGCUGAUCGUUCUCCUGGAGAGGAUAAUGCCACACCUGGAGAAGCCAGUGCUCCUCACAGACUUCCUCAUGGACUCCCUCGACGCCGACGGCCCCAUCGGCCUCCUAGCCCUCCAGGGGGUCUUCCUCCUCGUCACAAAGCACAACCUGGAGUACCCCAACAUCUUCACAAAGCUCUACUCCAUGUUCGAGCCGGAGAUAUUCCACACAAAGUACAAAGCAAGGCUGUUCUACCUCUCCGAUCUGUUCCUCAGCUCCACUCAUCUCCCGGAGGCCCUCGUCGCUGCCUUCGCCAAGAGGCUGGCUAGGCUGACACUCGUGGCACCCCCAGAGGACAUCCUCAUCAUUCUGCUGUUCAUUGGGAAUCUUCUGCUGAGGCAUCCUGGACUCAAGAGGCUCAUCGAUCAUCCCAAGGGGGGAAUUGUCUGCGAGAACGACAAUCCUGGCGUUGGAGACCCUUUUCUCAUGGAGGAGAGGGAUCCUCUACUCAGCAAUGCACUCUCCAGCAGUCUCUGGGAGAUCAAGGCACUGCAGUUUCAUGUUUUACCGAGUGUUGCUACUGCUGCUAGGUUCAUCAAUGAUCCUCUGCCCUCGGUGGAGUACGAUAUGGCGAGUGCUCUUGAGAGGACUGGGGGACAACUCUUUGAUAAGGAGAUCAAGAACAGGGUCAGGGAUAUUAUGCUCACUUUUGAGAGACCCAGCUCUAUGGUGAUGAAUAAGGGGGAGAGGCUGGCUCAGUACUGGCAGCUCACCAUGCGUUGAGGAGCAUCAGGGCCAAUCAGUACUUGUUGGAUUCGUAGGGCCCAUCGUCGGUAGGAUGGGGUAGGCAUAGGGGGCUUCAACGGGUAC